CAGUCAGCUGGGGGAGUAUACAGUAGCCCGCGUGCAGGGUUUAAUAAGCGCCGUUGAGCGCGUGGCGGCUCGGUUCUGCUCCGGUGUGAUCCUCACUGUUAAUAAUCAGACAAACAUAACAGAGCUGAAGGGCUCGGUGUACUGAAGACACGCAGACAGUGCCGCGCGUCGGUUUGAACGGCUGAGGUUAUCCACAGCGCUCGUGCUAUAGCUAAACACGCGGAGCACGCGCGCGAGACUCGCCAGAGUUAGCAACCGCGUGUCCUGACAACGGCGGAGUGUUCACCAACGUUUAACUGCGUUUCGUUAGGACUGUUCAGGCGUUAUUCACCUCACACCGCUGCGCUGUCACAGAGAUGGAGCGGCGGGGGCGAGCGAGGAAGGCGUUCCCGAGUCAGUGUGUGAGCCCGGUCCCGUCCUUCAGCGUGGGGUUCCGGUGAAGUUUAACCAUUUAAUCCGCCUGAACAGAAACACUGGGGGGAACCGCCGCCAAGCUGACCGUGUGUGCAGCGGUAACGAUACUGCCAUCUCUCUCUCUCUCUGUCUCUCUCUCUCUCUCUCUCUGUGUUUCUCCCUCUCUUUUACCUGUGCGCUCUCUGUGAGCAGUGUGGAGGAGUUUGUUGUGAGUGUGUGGAGCUGCUGUAGACUGUGUGCUGAGAUGUGGAGGUGGAGGAGUGAGAGGAGAAGGUGAGCUCCACACCUCCUCUUCUUCUUAACCCCGCGCUCAGGCUGCUGAACUCGAGUCCUGACAGCUGCUGUAGACCGACUCGCAGUGUAUCACUCACUGCACACGGACACAAUGAUGAUGAACAGCGGCCCCAGCAUCGUGUACGAGUGGCUGAAGACACUCCAGCUGUGUCAGUAUGUCGAGGCGUUCGUGGACAACGGCUACGACGACCUGGAGGUGUGUAAACAGAUCGGCGAGCCGGACCUGGAUGCUAUCGGCGUGUUCGCGCCGCACCACCGGCGGAGGAUCCACGAGGCGGUGCGGCGGCUGAAGGAGGAGGACAGGGAGGCUGCCUCCGGGCUCUACUUCACCCUGGAGCCCAUGCCUCCCGCCCCAGCGCUCUCCUUGGAGUCCAGGUUGCGUGGAUCCAGGUCGUGGACGGAGGAGAGCAGCAGCAGCGCGGCCCGCGGAGGGGCACCGAGGAACCGGACCCUGGGGCACCACCGCCGGGAGCUGGUGAUCUACCCCAAACUCAAGCUGAAGAUCAUGAUCAGGGACAAGCUGGUCAGAGACGGGAUUAACCUCGCCAGGCCACCCUACUCAAAAAAGGACGGUUCUCUGGGUAAUAUAGAUGACCUGGCCCAGGAGUACUCGGAAUACUAUAAUACAUGCUUCAGUGACGUCAGUGAGCGCAUGGAGGAGCUACGCAAGCGCAGAGUUUCUCAGGAGUUAGAGAUGGAGAAAGCAGACUCAAGCUCCACAUCUCUCCAGCUUCGCUCAGAAAUCCAGGAAUCCCUGGGCUUUAGCAGUGAAGUGUCCACUCCAGAAACUGAGAGGAAGGUCCCUCUACACAAGUCCAACUCUGAAGAUGGUUCAGGAAAAUGGGACAACAAGAAGAAAAACAAGUCCUUCUGGCAGAAUUUCAGAAAGUCACAGAAAGGGUUAACACGGCAAACUUCCAAAGGAGAGGACAUCGGUUAUGUGGCCAGUGAAAUCACCAUGAGCGAUGAAGAGCGUAUCCAGCUGAUGAUGAUGGUCAAAGAGAAGAUGAUCACAGUGGAGGAGGCGUUGGCUCGGCUUAAGGAGUAUGAGAGGAGCAGGCAGUUGAGCACCAGUUCAGACACUGCAGAGUGGACUGAUGGAUCCAGUCCCCCUGUUAACCUGUCCUCCUGCAAUUCUCGUGAACAGUCUGAUGAUGAACAGGAAGAGUCUGUAAAGUUUAAGAGGCUUCACAAGCUGGUCAACUCCACCCGCCGGGUCCGCAAGAAGCUUAUCAAAGUAGAUGAUGGCAAAAGACAUGGUUCAGAAGACUCUCUGAGCCUCGAAGCCUCCCCUUCGUGUGAGGACACUAGUGCACUUUAUGCUGGAGUCCAUAAGAAGACUGCCCGCUGCACAGACUCCUCACUGUCCUCCCUGACCCAGGAGCAGCUGUCUCUGGACGGUGACACAGAGAGUCUAACCACCUCACCAUCUUCCAGCAGCCUGGAGGCCUGGAGCUCAGCACACAAGCUGGUGAAGACGUCCAGCAGUGGCCAUCCGCACGGCUUGAUUCGGCCUUCUCCUCGCAAGAGCAGCGCAGGGUCCUCCUUUUCUGAGCUUGAGGGCCUGGCCGAUGAAGAGAAUAAGGUUUCUCGCUCAGCCACAGAUGGAGAGAUGCGGAAGGCGCUGUCCUCACUGUCCCACGGGGUAAGUACAGACAGCAUUUACACCUACUAUGGCCUGACCCGUCCCCGUCCACAGCAACAGCACCACCUGCUGGUCUCUCUGGAUGAAUUUGGCAGCACCAAGCGUCCACUGAUUUCCACCUGGCAGCGCAGCAAGCCCGACCCCAACUAUGCCUACUCUACUAAACACCUUCUGUACCAGCGUUCUCGCAGCGCCCAGAAGCCCUCCAGCCCUCCCCCUGCCUUGGCCUCGUCCCCUCCCGUACGGGAGAAAGGAAAAGGCAUUGGAGGCACUACAGGCAGCGGCUGGCUCUUUCCCCCGAGGCGUCUGCGAGGCAGGACAGCGGUUAGUGAGCUAAACAUCACCUAUGUGGUGGAGCGCAGCCUCUAUGGCCACCUGAACUGGACCGGCCUGGUGCGGCCCGUCACGCUCGGCAAGGCAGAGAGACGCUGUCUUCUGGACGACGAGAGGGACGCCGACAGGAAAUGGGCAUCCAGCGUGGACCGCUGCACUAAGCGUGUCCUUUUACGCAUCCAGCAGAAGUCCAGGACUUGUAGUUUUGGGGGCUUUGACCUGUCCAAUAGAUCACUCCAUGUGGUAAACACAGCUUCAGAGCCAAAUAAUAAGGAACAGGAGGCUUUGUACAGAGAUGUGGUGAAGUCUCCUACCACCUCUCGCAUCUCUUUGGGAAAGAAGGUCAAGUCUGUGAAAGAGACCAUGAGGAAACGUAUAUCCAAGAAAUACAGUGGCUCUCUCUCUGAACAGUCAAGUCCAGAUGGAACCCCCAGCUCUCCUCAGUCUCCUCAGCCAGACACAGACUCACUGGAGAAGCCCAAACUGAAGGCGGGAGGCUCUGUCGAGAGCCUGCGCAGCUCCCUCAGCGGACAGAGCUCCAUGAGCGGUCAGACAGUAAGCACUACAGACUCAUCUGCCAGUAAUCGUGAGAGUGUGAAAUCAGAGGAUGGUGAUGAUGAAGAGCUGCCAUACAGAGGCCCUUUCUGUGGCAGAGCCAGAGUACACACAGACUUCACCCCCAGCCCGUAUGAUACAGACUCACUCAAACUGAAGAGAGGAGAUGUGAUUGACAUCAUCAGUAAGCCCCCAAUGGGUACGUGGAUGGGGCUGCUGAACAAUAAGGUAGGGACAUUCAAGUUCAUCUAUGUGGACGUGCUGGCAGAGGAAGAGGAGAAGCCCAAACGCACUGUGAGGAGAAGAAGGAAGGGAAGACCCCCUAAACCCAGCUCUGUAGAAGAACUUCUGGAGAGAAUCAACCUGAAGGAACACAUGCCUACAUUUUUGUUUAAUGGCUAUGAGGACUUGGACACCUUCAAGCUGCUUGAAGAGGAGGAUCUGGAUGAGCUCAACAUCCGCGACCCUCAACACAGGGCUGUCCUACUCACUGCUGUGGAGCUGCUGCAGGAAUAUGACAGCAGCAGUGAUCCGGAACGCAGUGGCCUCUCUGGCUCUCAGGAGAAGCUCCUCUGUGAGGGGCAAGGCUUAGUGGGCGACUCCCCACGGGACUCUGGUUGCUAUGAAAGCAAUGAAAAUCUGGAGAACGGUAAGAACCGCAAAACCUCUCGCUCCAGUCGAAGCUCAUCUGGCUUCGAGUCUGGCCGGAUCCAGUCUCCAGACUAUCCCACUCUUCCUAUGACCCGCUCCACCGAGGCGCUGCAGCACCAGACAAAGAAGGAGCGUAAAUUCCCCAAGCACUUUCUUCCCCGUCCAAUUAAGGGCUUCAGCCUGCGGGGUCUCGGCCUGAGGAAGAAGUCCCGCAUGCCGGCCAGCCGUAGCUGUGAGGAGCUGGACGGACCCCAGGAGAACCUGGUGCUGUGCAAGCGUUCACACUCUCUGGGGGACCUGCAGUGGGAGCAGGGCUUUGAACAGAAGAAGGAGCAGCGAGGCAAAACCCGGGACUGCAGUGUGGAGUUCGGCCAAAGGAAGGAGGCAGCAAAGUCUCUGAAGAGUCACCAAGAGGUGAAGCUGCACAGAGUAGAGUUGAAACCUGAGGCUAGAUUUGGACCAGGUCAAGCUGAAAGGCCACCAGUGCCCACCCAGCUUCCUUUGAAGCCCUCCUGCCCUGUACAAGGUUCUGAAGUUCCAGAAACCCAGUCCCUCUCAGCCCCUACAAGUCCAACUCCACGGACUCACCCCAAAAAGCCCCCAGUGCCCCCUCCAGUCCCUGCCAAAAAGUCUAAAGAGCGCCUGGUAAACGGCCUACGACACCCACUGGUCCUGUCAGGCUCCACCCCAAGCACACCAACUCUGCCUCCUAAACCUGUGAGCAGCCCUACAAGCCCGUCUGAUGGAACACUGUUCACUCCAGUGUCCCCGGGGGAUGCAGAGAGUGCACCAGCUGUGGCCCCACCCUGGCUGUCUGACCUGCCAGAGACUGCAUGCCCACAGAUACAAGGGGUUAAAGUGUCCCUAGGCAGGAAGGUCUCUCAUGCCAAAUUGGCUGAUCUGGAGACACAGCUUGAAGAGAGGCUUGGAUCAGAGGGCAUUGAUCUCACCGCUGAACCCUACUCAGAUAAGCAUGGCCGCUGUGGAAUUCCUCAGGCCUUGGUGCAGAGAUACUCUGAAGACUUUCAGCAGCCAGUGAAGGACAUGGCAUCUACCCUGGACCAGAUCAGAGUUAAACAGCUCCGCAAGGACCACCGCAUGGCUAUUCCCUCAGGAGGUUUGACAGACCUUUGCCGAAAGCCUACAUCUCCAGUUCAUUUGAGCUCUGUUUCGGAUUGGCUGGUGUCCAUUGGAAUGCCCAUGUAUUCGGACCUCCUUCUGGCUGCAGGCUACGAGACUCUGGGCCAUUUGUCAGCUCUAACAGAAACCGGAGUGCGGGAGGCGGGGCUACAGGAGGAGAGACAUAUACGCCGGCUGCUUAGCGAAGCCAGACUAGUCACAGCCAGCAGUGCAACACAGUCUUAACACGUUGGAGGACUGCUGUGACCCAUGUGUGAGCUGUAGUAAGCUACUCUGGAACAGACUUAGCUGUGAAUCAAGUCUGGUGGAGUCUCCAGUGGAGAGCUGAGCACUGAAGGACAGGAAGGAACCUGGGCAGAACUGCAGUGUUCUAAGAACACCUUCAUCUUCAUCUGUUGCUAACUCCUGCUGAGGUUUACAGAAAAGAACUGUGUGGCUUCCAUGAAGAAGUAUUUUUUGUCUUCAAGGUCUUCGUAACUGUGAGCAGGAAAAGGUCAUGACCUGGGAAGAUUGCCUUUUAUUGUCAGCACAACUUUCUCUGGACAUUUAGAAAUUUUGUAAGGAUUUUAAAGAAAAUGGACUUUUAAUCAAACUUCCUCUCUUUUCCUUCAUUUGAUAAGUGCUUACUGUUUUAAGGUAAACAAAUUGUGCUCCAUUAAGCACAACUAGGCAAUGCUGCCUGGCCAAAGUAAUUCCACUUAAUACAGGUUAAAAUAAUACAGUUAUAUAUUAUGUUGAUAUUUCAUGUUCACAAAGACAUGGAUAUUGGAGGACAUUGGUCAUUAAUGGAAUUCUCAAGCAGAAAGUUGACAUGUUGGGACAUCAGUUCUAACUGAGGAUUACGCUUCCUUUAUUUUCAGGACAGUGGAGACAGUACAGUAUAUUUGUACAGACAAUAACAAAGCCAUUUCAAGAAAUAUUCACUCAUCACCAGUGCCAAGUGAUUCAGAUGUAAAGAUGCAUUGGCUUUUUUAUCUUCAGUUAGUUUGAGAAAAUAUUGUAUACUCAGAAUGCAUUUAAUUUUCCAAUACACAGUAUCUAACAACACAUUACUCAGCAUGAUCUAAAGGAUCAGCCUUUAUUACUAAAGUGAUGACAUAAUGCUAAAUUCAUUUGAAGCUGCUUUACCACCUUUUCAUACAAAUGCUUAUGAAUAUACUCCUCACUUUCUGCAGUGUCAUUUGUGCUGAACUGAUGCUUCCAGCAGUGGAUGUUGUUAUAUUUAAUGUAUAUUAUUUGCAGCUGCGAGUGCUUUGAUGGGAAUUGUUUUUGCCCUUUUUCAAACUCCAGCUUUCAGCAGAGUAAAGCACAUGGUCAGAAAUUCAACUUAAACUUGUUCAAACUAAGCAUUUUUAGAUUGAUUUUAGAUUACAUACAGCAGUAUAUUGCAGCCAAUCAGGCUUCACCACACCCUGUGAGUCAGCAUCCAAGUGUUUCAAGUAGGCUGAAGAAAAUUUAUUUGGUAGCAUAUUUUUAAAAAACAAUUAAGCACAGUGUGUGUGUGUGUGUGUGUGUGAGAGAGAGAGAGAGAGAAAAAGAGAGAGAGAGAGAGAGAGAGAGCAUAUGCACACUCACAGCAAGCAGACAUGACUUUCACUUCCGAGAAAUGCAUCUGACAGAGGAAGUGAAGGGUAAAAUAAUGUUAAAUGAGAGAGAGACGAGUGUGAACUGUGUAAACAUCAGCCACGUCAGCACAAGGCGUAUAUUCACUGAUAUUCCUUCAUAUCACAGGCUACAUGCUCCUCUGGCCAGUCUGCUCCAGUGUUUCUGACUGUGUUAUUCCUGGGAUUUGAUUUGCUGGCUGCUGUGUGCGCAGCCUCAUAAACAAGGCUGAAUAAUUAGCUUCAGGACAAAAGUGUUAUGCCGAUCAUGUAACUGUGAGUUUUCAAAGCUUUUCACACACACACUGUGGCACCUUUUAUGGGGAACCGGUUUUGCUCUAUUUAAGGUUUUGUAUCUGUUGCAGCACAAUUACCAUCAGGCCCACUGUGGCUCUCCAACUCAAACAAAAUGUCUUAAUAGCGGCAGAAAAUCAGGAGAUCUUUCCUUGAAGUGGAUGCCUUUAUUAAAAACAAACUCAAUCAGAAGGGGGGAACUCUGGGAUUUUGUGAUUCUGGGAGUUUUACAAAAUGUAAAUAUAUGUUUCAUAAAAUGUUACUGUAAAAAUGCACUUUAUAGAGACAUACAGUGGUGGACUUUUCUUUUGGAAAAGACAUUGUUUCUAAUUGGCGAAUGUCUGAAGACAAGCAGACAGUUAUUUUGUCUUUUUUUGGAGGGGUGAUCAGGAUUAGGCAUCACUCUAAGCUGACGGAUUCUUACUUGCUGAUUCCCAGUUGUGUGUCACCCCUCAUUAAUAAAAUAAUUAACUUUUCCAAGCUAAUUACUGAUCAAAAUCAUCUUAAAAUUUGAAUUUUCUAUAACACAAAAUGAAUGCUAAUUACAUAUAUGAAAUGGUGGGCCAGUGUUGCACAUUCUGUAUAUGUAAUUGAUAUUUAAAUAACUUAUUUUUUGCUUUUCAUAUCAAACUGUAAUUAUUAGCUGUACUAUAUAAAAGAAAUAGCAAUACUCUUUUGCAUAUUGCUUUAGCUGGUGUCCUGCUACAGUACCUAUUGUAAAAUAUAUGUGUACAAAUGAUUUUAUCUGGUUUCAACUAGCUAAUGAUUGUCUAUAAAGAUUUUGCUUGUGUAUUGAAAAAAAUGUCUAAAAUUAUUUGUCAUUCUGAAGCAUAAUAAACAAAAUCCUUUGCCUCA